AAAAGAAGCCCCAGGGCGAGAAGUCACGUGAUGGGACGGUCACAUGACAGGGCCGGGACGGGGCGGUGGCGGCAGCGGCAGUGUUGUCAUCAUGGGGGCUCGCGUAGGGCUGUUGCUGCUGGGGCUGCUGGGGGCGGCGGGCGGAUGCGGCUACGAGUCCUGCCCAGCCACAGAGCCUAAGAUGCUGAACGUCCACCUCAUCCCCCACACACACAAUGACGUGGGCUGGCUGAAGACAGUGGACCAGUAUUUCUACGGAGCCCGCAAUGACAUCCAGCACGCCGGGGUGCAGUACAUCCUAGACUCUGUGAUGCCCCAGCUCCAGGCUGACCCGACCAAACGCUUUGUCUACGUGGAGGUGGCCUUCUUCUAUCGCUGGUGGCAGCUGCAGCCUGAGCCCGUACGCCAGCUCGUCAGGGAGCUCGUUAACCAGGGGCGCCUGGAGUUUGCAAAUGGGGGCUGGUGCAUGAAUGACGAGGCAGCUGUGCACUACAACGCUGUUGUGGACCAGCUGACGCUGGGGCUGCGCUUCCUGCAGGAGACGUUUGGGGCCUGCGGGCGCCCCCGUGUUGCCUGGCACAUCGACCCCUUUGGCCAUGCCCGUGAGCAGGCCUCUCUCUUUGCCCAGGUCAGCUCCUGGGGAUGGAGCCUGGUUCCAUGUCUCAGUUUCCCCAUGGGCAAGAGGGGCCUGGGCGAUGGGGGUGGCAAGCUUGGGGGUGGGCCUGUUGAGGCUGGAGUGGGGGAGACAAUCAUAAGCCCUGGCAGUGCCUGUGGGGUGAGGAUCUGGGGGUGCUGCCCCCCUCAGUGCCCCCUCAGCACAGUGCUGCCCCUCCACUCCCCAGGUGUUCUCCCCAAUGGCUAUGGGCCGCCCUCUUCCUUCUGCUGGGACCAGUUCUGCUCCGACAACCCUAUUGUGGAUGACAAGAGUGAUGAGAACAAUGUGGCCGAACGGGUUUCUUCCUUCCUUCGAGUUGCUGAGGCCCAGGCAAAGCAUUACCGCACCAACCACAUCGUUAUGACGAUGGGCUCAGACUUCCAGUAUGAGAACGCCAACCUGUGGUACAAGAACAUGGACAAGCUGCUGCAGCAUGUCAAUGCCCAGGGAUGGGCUGGGGGGGGUCAUGGGGGGCUGGACAGGGUGACCCCCACAUCAGGGCAUAAGGACACCACAACCCUGCCUGGCAGAGGAGAACACCUGUCUCUGUUGCCCAUCCCCAUGGUGGGGAAAGGAGGAGAAAGUUGGCAUCGCAGGGGUUUGGGGAGGCAUGGAGAGCCAGUGCUGUGGAGGAGCCAAGCUGACUUGAGGUCUGGCAGGUCUCUGAAGCACGAUGACUUCUUCCCAUACGCGGACGGCCCCCACCAGUUCUGGACGGGCUACUUCACUAGCCGGCCCAGCUUCAAGCGCUACGAGCGCCUCAGCAACAACUUUCUUCAGGUCUGCAAACAGCUGGAAGCUUUGGCUGGUCCUGGCAUCAGGAAGGGUCCCUAUGGCGAGGGUGACAGCUCCGUGCUGCGCCGUGCCAUGGCCGUGGCCCAGCACCAUGACGCUGUGAGCGGGACAGAGAAGCAACAUGUGGCAAACGACUAUGCCAAGCGCCUGGCUGCUGGCUGGGAAGCCUGCCAGGUCCUGGUGAGCAAUGCACUGGCCACUAUCAGUGGCAGCAAAGAGAACUUCAUCUUCUGCAACUACCUCAACAUGAGCGUCUGCCCGCUGAGUGAGGCUGCUGGCCAGUUCACAGUGAUCCUGUACAACCCACUGGGCCGGAGAGUGCGCUGGAUCGUGCGGCUGCCGGUCAAUGGGACGCAGUAUUCGGUGAUGGACGCUGAUGGGCAAGCGGUGCUCAGUGAGAUCAUCCCUGUCUCUAACUUCACACGGCAGCUGCGGCGGGAUCGAGGCAAUGCUCGCCUCGAGCUUAUUUUCCCAGCUGUGGCCCCAGCUCUCGGCUAUGCCACCUUCGCCAUUACCCGGCUGGCUGGGGAGCGCCAGCUUGGCCCUCAGGAGAUCCAUGCUCGGCCCCUGGAGAUUCACAAUGAGCAUGUUCGUGUCCUGUUUGACCCUGUCACUGGGUUACUGCAAGAGAUUCAGAACCUGGACAAGGGCAUCACCCUGCCUGUGACCCAGGGCUUCUUCUGGUACAAUGCCAGCAUUGGCAAUGAGGAGAGCAGCCAGGCCUCAGGCGCCUACAUCUUCCGGCCUAACCGCUCAGAGCCCAUCCCCAUGGCCUGGCGGGUCCACACAUACCUGGUGAAGAACCAUCUGGUGCAGGAGGUCUAUCAGAACUUCUCAGCAUGGUGCUCCCAGGUGGUGCGGCUCUAUGCUGGGGAGUCCCACGUUGAACUGGAGUGGACAGUGGGACCCAUCCCCACAGAUGACGGGUGGGGCAAGGAGAUCAUCAGUCGUUUCGACACCCCUCUUGAGACGGAUGGAUGCUUCUACACAGACUCCAACGGGCGGGAGAUCCAGGAGCGCAGGCGCAACUUCCGGCCCACAUGGAACCUGAGCCAGACGGAGCCGGUGGCUGGGAACUACUACCCUGUCAACAGCCGCAUCUAUAUCAAGAACAGGAAAUUCCAGCUGACAGUACUUACCGAUCGUUCCCAGGGUGGCACCAGUGUCUCUGAUGGCUCCCUUGAGCUCAUGGUGCACAGGCGACUGCUGUACGAUGACGAUCGGGGGGUGGGGGAGCCACUGAUGGAGCCGGGUGACUUCCAUGAUGGGCUGACUGUGCGGGGCCGGCACCUGGUGCUGCUGGACACGGUAGAGUCCUCACCCACCCGCCAUCGCCUCCAGGCCCAGCAGGAGUUCAUGGCCCCGCAGCUGGUGCUGGCCCCUGGCAGUGCUACCCCCUCCACCCAGGGGCAACGGUUCACAGCACUGAGACAGGACCUGCCCCACAACAUCCACCUGCUGACCUUGGCCCAGUGGGAUGCCAACUCCAUCCUCCUGCGGCUGGAGCACCAGUUUGAGCAGGGCGAGAGUGCCAACGGCUCCCAGCCUGUCAUCCUCAACCUGCUGAACCUCUUCUCCUCCUUCACCAUCACUGCCCUGCAGGAGAUGAAUCUUGCUGCCAACCAGAGGCGUGAGGAUGUGACACGACUUACCUGGUGGCUGGAGCCAGGUGCAGCCCGGCCCCAGCCUCCCCCCAAACUGGACCCAAGCUGUGUCACACUGGAGCCUAUGGAGAUCCGGACCUUCCUUGCCACGGUGCAGCACAGAGACACUGGGGGGGGCCUGGCUGCCUGGUGAGGGAGAGAGGGGCCUCUACCUCUCCACCUGUGUGGGGGUGGGUCUACCCCCUCCAUCCCUCUGGGACCAGGUUGUGCCUGCAACUUCUCUCUACCAUCCCCCCUAGCUGCCAAUACAUUUUGCCAAGCCAGAUUCAAAAGGGGCCAGGCUCAGGUACAACAUCCUUGGCCUUGGCUGGCCCCACAGCCACAUGCACACACAUGCGACUCAUUACCUGAAUAAAUGGUCUGUGGUCACUGUCACAACCUCAGCAAGUCUCUCUGGCAAUAGCAGAGGUUGCUGGGGGGUGCAGUGCCCCUCCUGGGGGGCCCCCAUGUCCAGGUCAGGCUCUGCCCCAAACUCCAUGAUACCAGCUAGGGGUAUCCCCCACUGGCCCUGCUUCAUCCUCCCAGCCUGGAGCUUUCCCUCCCUCCCCCCAUCCCAGGGACCAGGUUCAAGCAGCUUGUGGUCUGCUUCUGGGGCCCACCAGGCCCACCCUCACAACCCCUCCAACAUAUUUAAAGUCUGUCUUGUGUCCGUCCUGCUUCCCCCACCCCCAUAUCUAGACCUGCUCAUAUCCACCCCCAGUUGCAGUCACCUCCUUAGGCACCCCCCCCAAACUUGUCCAGUCCAUCACCUGAACCCACCUCACCCAUCCCCAGGAUUCCUCCCAACACACCUGAACCCCUUCAUUUGAAACAGCCCUCACUCACACCAAGUUCCCUACAUCCACAGUCCCCC